AUGCCUACCGACUCUGGUGCCUCCCAAGGAGGAAUAGGGUCCUUUAUCACAAGACACAGAACCGCUAUCUUGGCUACUUUGGCUGCAGGUGCCACCGCUGCUAGUGCCUACUACUAUUACAACAACCUAAGGGAAUUAAAAGACUUGAAAGACCAUGAUAAACAAGCUGAAGAUAAGUCUGAAAAUGCAACUGAAAAAAAGUUAGCUUCCAAGCCCAAGAAAAAGAAAGUGUCCAAGGCUUCACAAUUCCCAGCUAAGGAAAAUGGUGAACCUGAUUUCACUGGUGUGGAUAAUUUGACAGCCGAUCAGAAAGAUAAAUGGGCUAUCGAGUUGAAAGACAAAGGUAACGAAUAUUUCAAAGAAAAAGAUUAUGAGAAUGCUUUGAAGUUCUACGAUUUUGCUUUAAUUUUGAAAAAGGAUCCUGUCUUCUAUUCAAAUAUGUCUGCAUGUUACGUCUCUUUAAAUGAAUUGGAUAAAGUGAUCGAAAUGAGUACUAAAGCUUUAGAAUUGAAGCCUGACUAUUCGAAAGCUCUAUUACGUAGAGCCACUGCCAAUGAACAGUUGGAAAAUUACUCGGAUGCAAUGUUUGAUCUCUCAGUACUCUCUUUAAAUAACGAUUUUAAUGGCGCUACUAUCGAACCAAUGCUUGAAAGAAACCUAAACAAACAAGCCAUCAAAGUUCUUGACCAAAAAUCAAAGAACCCAUCUAAAAAUGAAAGUGAAUUGCCUUCUAAUACUUCUAUGGCCUCCUUUUUCUCUAUUUUUACUCCUGAAAUAUCUUUUGAUUCUUAUGAUGAAGAGUCUGAUGCCGAUAAGGAAUUACUCAAUGGGUUGAAAGAAUUGUACUCCGCUAAAACUGGUUGCUAUGAAAUCGCUGAAUCUUCUUUCAAUAAAUCAAUGGAAUUGUAUAAAAUCUUGUUAGAAUCCACAGAAGACAAAGAAACUAUCUCUAAGAAAUUUGCCAUUGCCUUAGAAUACGUAGGUAUCUUCAACUUUUUGAGAAACGAUUUAGUUACCGCUCAAGAUUUAUUUAAUCAAUCAAUCAGUGCCAGUCCACGUGUCAACUCAUACAUAUAUUUAGCAUUAAUUUCAGCAGAUAAAAAUGAAAAAGAUGAAUCCAAUAAGUAUUUCGAUGAAGCUUUGAAAUUGGAUCCAAAUUGUUCCCCAAUUUAUUACCAUCGUGGUCAAUUAAACUUUGUUACACAGGAUUACGUAAACGCCAAGAAUGAUUUCUUAAAGGCCAAGGAAUUGGAUGAAAAUAACAUAUUCCCAUACAUCCAAUUAGCAUGCUUAUCAUAUCGUGAAGGUGAUUUUGAAGAUUGCCAAAAUCAAUUCGAAUUAGCAAGAAAGAAGUUUCCAGUGGCCCCAGAAAUUCCAACUUUCUUAGGUGAAAUUUUGGCCGAUAAAGGCGAUCUAGAUUUGGCUGCUAAACAGUACGAAUUCGGUAUCAGAUUAGAAAAUACACAAAAGAGUAUCCAUGUAGGUAUUGCGCCAUUGAUUGGCAAAGCUACUGCUUUGGCUAGACAACCAACUCCUGAAAACUUUAGUGAAGCUUCCAAAUUAUUGCAAGAUGCAGUUGAAAAGGACCCAAGAUCAGAACAAGCUAUUGUAGGUCUUGCACAAUUAAAAUUACAAGAAGAAGAUGUUGAUACAGCUAUCGAAUUAUUUGAAAAAGCUUCAGAUUACUCUAGAUCAAUGGACGAAAAAUUACAAGCUACUACUUUUGCUGAAGCUGCAAAAGUUCAGAAAAGAAUUAGAGCAGAUCCUGUCAUCAAGGCAAAAGUUGAAGAAACUUUAGCUCAAUACCACGCUCAAGGAUUUAUGUAA